AUGGCUACGACGACUGUGACGCAGACCGCGACGGAGACCUUGGAGCUCCAGUCAGUUCCCAAUGCCGGGCCUGACAGGCAGCUAGAGACGGCUCCAUCGACCCCCAAGGAAAAAAUGUCCCCGGGGACAAUGAUCAAGAUCCUGAGUGCCGGUCUCGCAUUCUUCGUCAGCGGCGUCAGCGAUGGUAGCAUCGGCACCAUCAUCCCCUACGCCAUUCGAGACUACGGUAUCACCACCACAAUUGUAUCGAGCGUAUUCGGGGCCAACUUCUUCGGCUGGCUCGCAGCAGCCAUCACCAACGCAUACCUCGCAGCAUACUUCGACCUCGGAGCCAUGCUCGCCCUGGGCGCAAUCAUGCAAAUCCUCGGCUCCGCCUUCAGGACGUGGAUGACUCCCUUCCCCUUCUGGGCCUUCACCUUCUUCCUAGUGAGUCUCGGGCAGGCCUACCAAGACACGCACUGCAACACGUUCGUAGCCACCGCCAAAUCCCCUCAUCGCUGGCUGGGCUUCAUCCAUGCCAUGUACAUGCUUGGGUGCCUCGUGAGUCCGUUUGCCUCGAACGCCGUGGCAUCGGCGAAUACGCCCUCUCGAUGGAAUCUAUUUUAUACCGUUCCCCUCGGGAUCAGCGUUGCCAACUUGGGGCUUGCUUUGUACGCCUUCUGGGACACCGUAGGUCUGAAGAAGAGGAGUGAGGAGUCUCGACAGGCGGGAGAGGAGAAUAAGAGCGCUGUCGGGGCGACGAAGAUGGUGAAGAAGGCGCUCAGCAUCCCCGGGGUGUGGAUCCUCAGCCUUUUUUACUUUUUCUACAUCGGUGCCGUCCUCACUGCUGGUGGCUGGAUGGGAUAUGUGCCCGCGGGCUGGAGUGGUGGUUCGUUCCUAGGUCGAGUCCUAUUGCCCGAACUCACCCACCGAUGGGGAGAAAGGCGCAUGGUGUUUCUCUACUGCGUGCUCUGCCUCGCAUUCCAGCUUUGCUUCUGGCUAAUUCCGAACAUCAUCUCCGCAUCCAUUGCCAUCACCUUCUUCGGCUUCUUUUCCGGGCCCCUCUUCGCAGCGGGUAUGGCCCUUGGAACCAAAAUAUUCCCGCCAGAUUAUCACUCCACGGCCCUCGCAUUCGUCUUUGUCUUUGCUCAAAUGGGCGGGUCUUUCUUCCCCAUCAUCACGGGUGUGAUCGCCGCGUCCAAGGGAGUCGCCGUUUUGCAGCCUAUGUUGGUUGGACUGAUCGCUGCGACGGGCAUUGCUUGGUUGCUUGUUCCAAGACCGAAGAGCGUUGGAAAUCCGGCCCUACACCAGGAAUGA